UUUGGCCCCACUGUAAAUACACGGACAGCACAGAGUCGGUGUGGUGGUCAAGAAAGUUUUAAGGCACACUGCUACAUUAAGACCUGAAACAUGUCCACGUCCACAUCAAACACAAAGGACAACGAAGAGCAGAUUAUUACUCUUCAAAGAGAGAUUGAAGAAGGCAGAGACAUUCUCCAAAGAGAAACUACAGAGGGCGCAGUAAGACGUGAAAUAAAGGAAAGCAUACAAACUAAAGAAAAAAUUCUAACUGAACUAAAAGGUAACGUUCAAAACACUAAAGAGCUGCCCAGAAGAUCUGAACGCCCACGAGUUCUUACAGAAAAAAUGCAAACUUAUCAAAAGGAGGAAUUUCAUAAAAAAGAGAAAAGACUUCUAAGUUUGUAUGAACAAUGGAAAGUACAAGCCCGAAAGGCAAGGCAAGAAUUGAAAUUAGAUAUUUCAGAAAGUCAUUUGACAUCGCUAAUAGACAGUCUCGAAGGGGCAAAGGGUGACAUUAACAAACUUUAUGACGAAUUAAGAGAAUACAUUCCACCUGCUGCUGAUGUAAGGCGUAAGGUUGAUGCCUGUGAUGCCGUGACUAAAGACAUUAUCAAAAUAAUUUAUGAGAGAUUAACUGGUGUAAAUGGAGAAUUUGAUGCUGAAAUCGAAAGGCAACGUCUGCGUGAGCUACUUGUUCCUGACUACGAUUGUUCCAUAUAUGGUUCAACAGCUUCACAUUCAAGCAUCAGUCAUCACUCCGAUUCCUCUUGCAUUGCAGCCAAACGAGCAGAUGCAGCUGCAGAAUUAGCAGCAAAAGAGGCUGAAUACAAGGUCUUACAGGAGGAAAGGAAAGUUAAGGAACGGAUAAGAACCAUGGAGGAACAACAGAAAAAGGAAUUAGAAAUUCACAAGUCCGAAUUAGAAUGCUUGCAAGCAGAAAAGAGCGUCAAGGCUGCUCACGCCAGACUAGAAGCUUAUGACAGAGAAGUGAAACAAGAAAAUGACAUUUAUUCAGUUCACAGGGAUCCUGCAAGUCAAAGUCAUGUGUCUCACUCUGCCAAUCAGCAGUCUAAUGAAGUCCGAUCAACUUCAACAAACGACAUAUCUUUCUUAGUCCAAGCUGUUCAAGACAGCAUAGCCAUGAACAGACUGCCAGUUCCAGAACCUACAGUGUUUAAUGGCAAUCCACUUCACUUUAUUGAAUGGAAAGCUUCAUUUAUGUCACUAAUAGAUAGAAAGAACUGUCUAAUGUUCCUUUGACUCUACAUCACGUGUCGCCUAACACUAAAUACUUAUGAUUGUGCAAAUCUAGUAGUGGACACUGCCUCUCCGUGAUGUCCAGUAGAGGGCAGCAGCACCAUAUAAUUUGGGACUGGACCAGGAAAACACCACAUCUGCAGCAAGAAGUGGAACCUGGCUCAGAUAAGGCCUUCUAUCUUCAGCUCUACAUGUGGCCGAGCAGAUUUUUCCCAUGAAGAAGGUCCAGAAAGUGCUCUUCACCAGCACAUUCAACAAUGUGGACAAGCUAGAUGUUACAUGUAUGGCAUGUAUGGGUUUAUUAUAUUGUGAGAUGUUUAUGCUUCAUGGUGAUUGCCUCUCUUUCUCUGUCAAACUGCAUGAGCUGUGUCUGAGAUUGACAUGCCUGGGAUCGAAGUGAAGAGAGAAAGCGGGCAUUUUUCAAAGACUUCAUAUGGCGUGUUGGCGUUGGUUUCUUCUUUGUCAAGAGCAAAUGCUCAUCCUGAUUUGUGGAUCCCAGGCAUAUCAACCUCACAAUAUAAUAAACCCAUACAUGCCAUGGCACACAACGCUAGGAAAACGUAUAUCUCAGUGUUUCAUGGUGGAUUCCCUCCGUCCUGAUACCCUUAUUGGACAGAGAAACAGAUGUUUUACGAGUUCCUGUAACCAUCUUUAAGAAUGGGAAAGAACACGAAAGAAACUGCAUUUGAAUAUUUAAAAGUGUGUUUGGGCCUUUACUAUUUAGCCAUUUGUAAUUUCAAUACAUUCUUAAUCCAUUAUUCAUUACAAAAUAUUGAAUAUUUUUAAAUGUUUUUGUACAUUUACUGUUAAACUGUUUGUAAUCUUGUUUUAAUUUAUUACUUGUCACAAAAAAUGUUAUUUAAACAUUUGUAAUAUUAUACAGUAAAAUAAA